CAUUUAAUUCCGCCUGGGGGCGCUUUGCCCGAACAGCUGUGACUCUGCUUCUUCCUUGACAUUCACCCGUCGGCGUGUCUCUAGCCAUCUCGCUCGCCCCUGCACAGACCAAAACGAGGAGGAAAUAAAUUUAACAAUUUAAAUCUGACCAAAUCGCGAGCACAGAUCCCAUAAUGUUGGCCCACAGGAUGCAGCUUUGGAGGACAACGAACGCGGCGAUGGCCCUGAGUUCCGCCAGCAGCCGUUUCCCUCAACAGGGUAACACGGCGGGCAGAAGAGAUAUCCACCUGCAGAGGAUGGCUAGGGGAAGCAGUUUGCCCUUGGUAUCGAGCGGGAAAUGGUCAAGUCCCGGCCAGCUGCGUUUCGCCAGCAGUGGAGCAACUGCAGCGGGAGUUUCGGCCGCACAAAGUGGGGAGUUCAUGCAGGCAGUGUCCAAAACGGAGCUGGUGGACCUACCCGACAUACCGGCCGCCCCAAUCCCUCCGACGCCCGUCGACAGCUUGAGUGUAAUGGAUGUGGUCAACCUGGCGGGCGAACCCUCCUUCGCCUCCAUCGGACUGGGCGGCUGGUCGCCCGUGGGCCUCGUCCAGAACUGCAUGGAGUUCAUUCACUGCACCUGGGAGAUCCCCUGGUGGGGAGCCAUCGCCAUGGGCACCCUCGCCGUGCGCACCAUCAUCUUCCCGUUGGUCAUUUUGGCCCAAAGGAACUCGGCCAAGAUGAACAACAACAUGCCGCAGAUGCAGAUGCUGCAGCUGAAGAUGACCGAGGCCAGGCAGUCGGGAAAUGCCAUUGAAUCCGCCCGUUAUGCCCAGGAAAUGAUGCUGUUCAUGCGGGAAAAGGGCGUCAAUCCGCUCAAGAACAUGGUGGUUCCACUCGCGCAGGCUCCGCUCUUCAUCAGCUUCUUCAUGGGCCUGCGACAGAUGGCCAAUGCCCCGGUAGAAUCGAUGCGCGACGGUGGCCUCUUCUGGUUCACCGAUCUCACCAUGGCGGAUCCCUUUUACCUGUUGCCCAUGAUCACCAGUGCCACAUUGUACUUGACCAUUGAGAUCGGCACGGACUCGGCUCGCCUGUCCGCCGCCAGCAUGAACACCAUGAAAUAUGUGCUGCGCGCCCUGCCCAUCGUGAUCUUCCCCUUCACGAUGAACUUCCCCGCCGCCAUUCUGACCUACUGGGCCUGCAGCAACUUCAUUUCGCUCGGUCAGGUGGCUCUGCUCAGGAUUCCCUCCGUCAGGGACUACUUUAAGAUCGAGAAAAUGCUGACCCACGCGCCGAGUGCACUGCCACCCAAGAAGGGAUUCGUCGGGGGAAUGAAGGAGUCCUGGGACAACAUGAAGAUCUCGAAGGAAAUCGAGGAGCGGCAGCGCCUGGACGAGAUUCGGUUCGCCAAGGCCGGCAAGGGUCCGCUGGUCAAGACGUACAAGUUCGAUCCCACGAAAGCAGCCAAAAGCAUCUCUGCGGAGCCGCACAUGCGGUUAAAGGAGCCGCCAAACAAGCAGCGAUAGUGCUCCCACCUUCAACCUGUGACCGCCGCCGAGCGCUGUGUCUUGUUACGUUAAUUUAACCCUUUAGUCGAUAGUAUUCCUCCUUGAAACACCAAUCGUUUUGCUGCUAAAAUAUAAUUUGUAAAUGUACAAGAGCGGA